AUGGUGCGCGUUUUAUUUGUGACUUUUGGAGCGGCCCUCCUGCUCCUUCUGGGCCAGGUUGAGGCAACUUCUCUGUCGAGAACUUACCUGCCGCCCCAAGUUCAAGUGCAACAAAUCGUUUCCCGUCCGCAGGUGGUGCAGGUGGUGCAGCAGCGCCCUGUGAUUCAAUCUGUUGUGGUGCCACAGCGCACUUAUCUCCCUCCUGCCCCGAGAGUGGUAUCGGUUUACAGGCCGGCUCCUGUUCAGGUGGUCUCCAUUCCGAGGGCGGUCCAGCAUCAGAUCAUCUCCCGUCCCCAGGUGCAGGUGGUGCAGCAGCGUCCUGUGGUGGUGCAGCAGCGCCCUGUGGUGGUUCAGCAGCUUCCUGUGGUGGUUCAGCAGCGUCCUGUGGUGUUGCCACAGCGUACUUAUCUGCCACCAGCCCCAAGGGUGCUGUCAGUGGUUCGUCCAGCUCCCCAGGUGAUCGCGAUUGCUGCCCCCAGGCGCACCUACCUGCCCCCCCAGGGAGCUGCAUCAUCGCUGAGCGAGCAGUACGAGCAGCCCGAAGAGAUCUAG